AUGAAUGUACCGGACGCAGAGUUGCUCACAGUUGAUGGUAUGCCUUUACCAUAUGUGCUUGUUGGUGAUGAGGCUUUUCAACUAACUGAUUAUCUACUCCGACCGUACCCUGGUAGAGGUGGUCUUAAUAAAGAUAAAACUAUCUUCAAUUAUCGUCUCAGUCGUGCUCGACAAACAAUUGAAAAUUCCUUCGGUUUACUCGUAAGUUUGUGGAGAAUCUUGAAGAAGCCCAUAGAAGCUACAGUGGACAAUACAACUCAUAUAGUGAAAGCAAUUAUUUGUCUUCACAAUUGGCUUCGCAAACGAGAUGAAGAUAAUAAUAACAUACAAGAAAAUAUAGUAGAUCGCCAUGGAGAAAAUGGUUUUGUUCCGGGACUCUGA